GAUGGCAGCGUCCUCUCAAAACACGUUGGACAUUGAUGUAAAAUUAAAUGAAAUAAUUACUAGCUCUUUCACUCAGAAGCACUUAGACAUUCUUCAGAGUCUGUCGAAGGCGCUCCGCGAGCAGGAGUUUAGAACUUGCGUGGAGAGGGCGACCCUGCAGAGUCUCCUGCAGGUUUUAUCAAAGCUGUCUGCUCAGAUUGAUGGUCUGGCGAAGGAGGGAAGCGCCGCGGAAUCAGCGCCUGUGCUGCUGCAGCUGACGGCGGAGUGCUUCCGAAGCCAGAGGAACGCCUGCGUGCAGUGCGCCCGCAACCAGACCCUGCUGAGGGACCUGGGCUUCAUUGAGGAGUCUCUGCAGCUGCUCGCAGUGCUGUCCGAACUGGAGCCGGAGACCACAGCCUGCCUGUUUGAGGCUCUGCGCUGCGGGAUCCAGUUCCUCGGAAACCUCGCCGUUGGAAACCAGGUUUGCAAAGAUGACAUCUGGAAGCGCAGUUUUCCACGUCUCUUCUUGGACCUGCUGGAGCACAGAGAUCAGAAGACUGCAGCCUACACCUGCAUGGUGCUCUACACCUGCCUCGAUCAGCACAAGCUGAAGGAGCUGGUCCUGAAGCCGGAGCACCUGGAGGUGGCCAGGAAGGUGAUCAGGCUGUGCAGGACACAGCCUGAGCUGGACUGGGCGGUUUUCAUCGUCACACAGCACUUCCUGAAGUCUUCUGCUCUGGUUGAAACACUGUUUGCAGGGUUGAGCCAUCAGGAAAGGGUGACGCUGCUGGAGCUGAUCUCAGCGCAGCUGUGUGAGGAGGGGGGUGCGGCGGGGGACAGCGGGAUACCCCCCAGCCUGGCGCACUUCCUGGCCUCCUGUUUCCUGUCCCGCUGCAGGACGGUGCUGUCGCUGGCCUCUGAGGCCGGUCCGGAGGAUGAGGAGGCUCUGACGGUGAUGCGGCUCCUCGACGUCCUCUGUGAGAUGACCUCCGACCACAAAAACUUCAUGUCCUUGCAGGACCACCCGGAGCUGCUCAGAACGGCUGUUGACCUCCUGAAGGAAGUGCACUCUCUGGGCAAGGCGAGCCAAAACGUUUUCAGCGCUGCCCAGAACUUCUCUGCCACGGGGCCAGCCACCCACCCCGCCGUCAGCUUCAAGGCUCACCUGGUGCGGCUCAUAGGGAAUCUGUGCCACGCCCACACAGCCAACCAGAACCAGGUCAGGGAAAUGGAUGGCAUCCCACUCAUCCUGGACCACUGCAACAUCGACAGCAGCAAUCCCUUCAUCAGCCAGUGGGCCAUCUUCGCCAUCCGCAUCCUGUUAGAACACAACCCGCAGAACCAGGAGGUGGUGCAGGCCCUGGAGCGCCGGGGUGUGGCCGACGACUCCGCCCUGCGGGAGAUGGGCUUUCGACUGGAGGAGAGAGAUGGCAGCCUGCUGCUCAAACCCCUCAGCAAGGACCCCUGACUGAUCUGAGGUCAGCGGUGGCGGCGGCGGCAGCAGCAGCGGCAUGGUGCAGCUGUGACUGCAGACAUGAGAAGGCAGCUCGGUACCAGGGAAUGGAUUUACAGCGAAUAAUUUAUAUUGGCUAGCUAUCAGAAAUUACAAGCCAUAAACAGAUAAUGGUGUAUAUUUAUAGUGCCAGGCUGCAACAAUAAUUCUUUAAUAUCUUUUCUUCAGGGCUGCUUGAUUUGGGGAAUGUAUUCAACAGAGAUAUUUUCGAAUGAAGGGCCUUGGAUAGCAGCUCCCAAAAGUUAGUUGAUAUGGUUUAUGCUGAUGUGUUUCGAUGUGUCUUUGUCAGAGCUGACAAAGAAACAAAACGUAUUACAUGUACAUGGUUCUCCCACGCUGGGAGUGCUGCUCCUCCUGGGUUGCUAAUUAUAUACUGUGUAAGCAAGUGGGACAAAGUGUGUGUUUAACCUGGCCUCACAUUUACUGCAGAUUACUUUCUGCCAAACUCUUUUCUCCAUACGUUUCAUGCCAUGCCUAGUUUCGUCUGUAUUAUUGUGGUGUUGGAGCUAAGAGGACACAUUUGAUUCACAUGUUUCUAUGACCACUACAUGCACACGUACAAUGUCCAUAACAGAAUAUAUAUUUUUUGGUUUCACAUGAUAAUGAAAGGUCUCCAACAGCCCAGAUGAAGUUAGGAGAAGAUUGGAAGAUGAAGUACUCAUUUUAACUGGUUAAUUUCAGACUCCACAAGCUAAUCUAUAACUACGUCAUGUUGAUUUACUCCUCUUGAGAGCUAAAGCAUAAAUAUGCUAUGACUAGUUUUCCCCUGUGCAAACUGGCAACCAAGUGUUCAGACUUCAUUGUAAAAACUGAUUUAUGGCAUGUGUAAUCCUGCAUUGCACAUGUUGUAUUUAUUAAUAAUCUCAAUACAAAAACUAUUAAGUGAAAUAAUGCUCAUUCCAUCACAGGACACACAGUUUUGAAACCUGGUUUAAUAAUAAUAUGUGAAAUAUUCUGCAUCUCUUGUUGUUGCGUCCCAAACACUAAUGCCUACUGAGUCUCUGUGUUCUGCCCAGAUGUUACUUGUUUUGAGUUGCAUGCAAAUUGUUCAUCCUUCACUCGCUCACAUUUCCACCAUAAAACAUUUUUUUUGUUUGUAUUCUUUGUUCCCUGAGCAUGCAACUCUUAAUCCACCAAUUAAUUUUCCACGGCUGGAAAUAUUUGGCUGGGCCUGAGCUGUCUUCUGCCUCUCUUGAGUCUGACUUUUACUUCCUGGUACAAAUUAGGUGAAAUUGAACUGAAGUACGAUCGGUGCUUAAGUCUGGCUAGGGUUUCUCUAUUUCCUUUAACAGGAGCAUGAAAUUUAGAGCAGUUAAC